AUGAUGGAAAAAUUGGCUAGAGCUAAAGGUAGACACAUUGGCCUUGCAACUUACUUAAAAAGUCUAACGAGCGAACUCAAUGAGUAUAUUUCUUCUGGGAGUUGCAAGCAAGUAAAGCUUCUUGGGUUAAAAAGCACGCUCUUGAAAAAUGUCGAACAAUAUAGUAUUGUGCAUGAAGAAAUUUUAUCCUUGAUUGACACUGAGAGCGUAGGGACAGAAGUAAUUAAUCACAUGAAAAGUCUAGAGCCAAGUUAUCAGGUUUUAGCUAGGACAGAUUUAGAACUUGAAAAAAUUAAAUGCGAUCAAACCAAUAGCACUGCAACUCAUUCAGCAUGGAGUGUAGGUGGUAAUAAUACUGUAAGCUCUCAGGUCAAUUGCAAAUUGCCUAAGAUAACUCUUCCCCAAUUUACAGGUGAUCCACUUGCAUGGCAGGGGUUCUGGGAUCAGUAUCAGGUUUCGGUUCACAAUAAUGUUGGUAUUAGUGAUAUUGACAAGUUCAAUUAUUUGAAAGGAUGUCUUAUCUCUUUUUCGUCCGCCCCCUUUCGCAUCAUAUUAUGACACAAUUUUUCUAAUAUAAAUAUCUUGGCGAGUAUUUAACCCCCCCCCCUUUUAAAUAGAAGCCACCAUUGUAAUCCUCACAAAAUAACCUUUCAAACGGGGGGUCAAGUGCCGUCAGAACAUAACACAAACCGAAACAACCAUAUAUUUACUCACCGCUUGGCCAAAGAUUCUAAAUUUCAUAUCCACAAGAUCUUGAAUAUCUCUUGAACAUUUUGUCAUUUGCUGAACGGCUAUAUGUGUAAAAUACUCUUUGUAUUCAAGUGCUUUCAUGUACAAAAUUUUGUUUGAAUACGGCAAGUAGAAAUAUUUAUUUUGAAUUUUUCAAGAUGUCGGGUUUUACUCGCACUUGUGUACAUUGUGCAAUAAUUGGCCAAUAAGAAGCUCCUGUAGCCGGGAUGACAUCAAACUCACGCUUGUAGGUGCAAUUUGACCUUGCGAAUCCAUUUCUGGCCUUUCUAGGGUCAUACGAUACAAGCUUCGCAUUGUUUUGAUGGUUUUCAGUCGUAUUUCCGGUUGGGAUUAACUCACUUCGAGCUCACAGUCGGACAAGAAAUGGAAAUACAUUGAUAAAAGAUACAGGCUUGCAAAUAACACUCUAAAUAGUGUUUUUAAUGGGGAUUCUAACAAGACUAUUACAAAGACGAUAUGUUCGAAGGGGCCGAAGUUAUUUUCGGCGAAAGGUAUGGCUAGUCUAUAUUUUUGUUCAGACAAUUGCGUAAUUUGAUAUAAUAUGAUCGUGUUUGACUUUCAAAGGCCCAUAAAUCGCUACAAUGUUGAUAAUGACUAAAACUAUAGGGAAGAAUUAGUUAAAUCUUUUAUUUCUGAAUCGAAUGGUGGUAUUUCUGUCUUCAUAGCAUGCACAAAACCAAAGAUAUGAAAUUUCUCGCCAUCGAUCUCUCAGCAUCGAUGAGACUGGGACGUGAUUAGAAAGAGUUAAAGGGGAGGCUGGGGCUGCUAUAUCAGGUUGUCCUUAAGUUCGGAAAACUAGAGGGAAGCUGUAACUAUUUUAAGGGAUAGGUUUGGAAAUGAGCAAGUUUUAAUGUCGGCUCAUAUGGAAUCCUUGUUGAAAAUUGAUAAGAUUAGGUCUGUAGGUAACAUUAAAGGGUUAAGAAUGCUUUAUACUCAUGUUGCAAAUUGUAUUAGGAAUUUGAAAUCACUUAAGCUUGAUACCAGUGGAUAUGGUUCACUUUUAAUUCCCAUAUUAAAGGACAGACUGCCUGAUGAGAUUAAGAUAAUAAUUUUUCGACAAUUUUGUGGCAAAGUCUGGAACUUAGAUGAAGUGAUGGAGUAUUUUAGCAAUGAACUUAGAGCCCAAGAAAAUUGUAGUCUCUCAAUGGUUAACAAAUCCGAACCAUUUAGGAAAAGGGAUAAUGCCUACACAGCUAGUGGAUUGCUAAGCCAUAACAGUAACCCUGUAUGUUUAUAUUGUAAUGAAGGCCAUUAUGUGUCUAAGUGCAGUAAUAUAACAAAUCACCAAUCUAGGAAGGCAAUUUUGCUUAGAAAUAGGAGAUGUUUUCUUUGUCUAGAUACAGGGCAUGUAGCUAAGCAUUGCAAAUCGGGUUAUGUAUGCAAACGAUGUAAGAAGGGUAAGCAUCACAUCUCAAUAUGCAAACCUGGUUCUGACGGGAGGAAUAUAGAACCUAAGGGUACUGGGAAUAAUGAUAACAAUGAUGGCAAACAUAAUAAUGAUAGUAAUGGGUUUGUAGGCCACAGAGAUUAAGAAUUGCACUAGGAUUUUGUUUGACAGCGGUAGUCAACGAUCGUAUAUAUCUGAAAAGGUUAGGACUAGGUUGCAAUUAAAAACUAUUAGAAGGGAAAAGGUUAUUAUCAAGACAUUUGGACAAACUAGUGAUAGCGAGGUACAACUUGAUGUUGUAGAAUUGAAUAUAGAGAAUAAGUUGGAUAAUGGGUUCACACUAAUUGAAGUGUUAUGUGUCCCCACAAUAUGUAACCCAUUGACAAAUCAGCACACAACUACCACAAGAGAGUUAGAAGAGUUUAAGGAUUUAAAAUUUGCUGAGUGCAUUAGUGACUCAACAACCCUACCAGUAGGAAUUUUAAUAGGCAUUGACUUUUACCAUGCAUUCAUGACUGGAAAGAUCAUUAGAAGUAAGGACAGACCUAUUGCUUGUGGGACUAGGUUAGGUUGGGUAAUUAGCGGUCGACUUGGUUCAGGUUCACCCAACCUGCAUUGCUUUGAAACAUAUUUGUUGCGCACUGCAGUUGAAGAAGUAGAUGUAAUGGAUAUUUUGAGAAAUUAUCUAGAUAAAUUUUGGGCAGUUGAGAACAUCGGCUCAGAUAGUGACCAAGUUGUCAGUGAUUUUAGGAAUAACAUUAUCCAUGAUGGAACAAGAUAUGUGACAAAUUUACCAUUUAAGCCAGACCAUGAGCCAUUACCAGAUAAUUUUGCAGUAAGUGAAGGACGUUUAAAGUCAUUGAAAGGUAGAUUAGUGUCUAAAGGUAUACUUAAUGAUUAUGACAAAAUCUUCAAAGACUUGCUAAUGAAGUUGCAGGAGAAGUAG